GUGGGGUAGAUUUACGGUCUUGCCCGCACGACAGCAACAACAAUAAAGAGACAGACAAAAUACACGAAACAGUUGGUCUAUCUGGAUAUCAGAUGACAAGGGACACUCAUCCCUGGGAGUUGGAAAAGCAACGAGGUGAGCCUUCUGAUUGCCCAGUUGGUUGCCUUUGAGAGGGUUUCCAGUUUCCAGGAGAGGAAGGAGGAGCAGACUUGCUGAGCCAAGGACGGAGCUGAGAAUCUGGGGAGAGCAAAGCAGCUGUGGUUCAUGGGACAGACCAGCCGAGAGGACAGGUCUGCAGAGGGCCUCCCACGAGGACUCAAGAGCACAGAGCAGCACAUGUGUGAGGAAACUCCCCAAGGACAGGGAAGGCGUCCUCUAAAGGCUUGGAGGGAAUAGUCCUGAUACUUGCAUGGGGAAUACUGUUCCUACGGGCCGGGCUGGAAAACUCCUGUAAUUCCUGGAGCAUUAGGAAUGGAGCUAUUUAUGUAAAGCACUGAAAGGAAAAAUAACUCUACUUAGAAUUCUGUAUUCAGCAAAAAUACAUUUCAACCACAAAGACAAGACCACCAACAGAAUGGGAGAAACUAUUUGGAAAUUAUACAUCUGAUAAAGGUUUAAUAUACACAGAAUACAUAAACAUAUUUGUGUAUGUAUACAUGCUCAUAUGUAGAAUGUACAAAGAACUACAACUCAAUAACAAAAACACAAACCUAACUAAUUGAAAAAUGGGCAAAGGACUUGAAAAGACACUUGUCCGAUGGCCACUAAGUACGUGAAAAUAAUGCAUAUCAAAACUACAAUGAAAUAUCACUUCAAACCAACUAGGAUUGCUGUAAUAAUCUAAAAAAUGGAAUAACAAGUUUUGGCAAGCAUGUGGGGAAACUGGAACCUUGGAUGUUGCUGGUGUGACUGAAAGGACGCUACUACUGUGGAAAAGUUUUGUGGGUCCUCAGGGAGCUCAGCACACAAUUACCAUAUGACCCAACAAUUCUGCUCCUAGGUACAGACCCGAAGGGAUUGAAAGCGGGGACUCAAGCAGGUACUUGUACACCAGUGUUCACAGCAGCACCAUUCACAAGACCCACUAGAUGGAAACAACCCAAGAGUCCAUCAACAGACGAUGGGGUAAACAACAUGGUCUGUCCAUACACUGGAAUAUUACCUGGCCAUUAUAAGGAGUGAAGGUCUGAUUCAUGCCACAGCAUGGAUGACCCUUGAAGACAUUAUGCUGAGUCAAGUAAGCUAGACACAAAAGGACAGAUAUUGUAUGAAUCUAUUUAUACGAUUAUCUAGAAUUGGCAAAUUCAGAGAGACAGUAGGUUAUCAGAGUCUGAGGAAUAGGGAGUUUGCUUAAUGUUUCAGAGUUUCCAUUGGGUGGUUAGAAAGUUUAGAAUUCUUAGUGAGGGUUGUACAAUAUUGUGAAUGUAAUUAAUGCCACUGAAUUGUACACUUAGCAAUAAUAAGCAAAUUUUGUUAAUUUUUUUACUAGAAUUUUAAAGAUGAAUAAUGUAAUUACCAAAAACCAUUGUGAUUGUGUACUUUGAGUGGAUGAAUUGUAUGGUAUGUGAAUUAUGUCUCAGUAAAGCUGUUUUGAAAAAAAAAAAAAGCAAAAUGAAGACAUUCUCAGAUUUAAAAAGCUGAAAGAAUUUAUUACCAGCAGACCCACAUUGCAGGAAAUGUUAAAAGAUGUCCUUCAGGGAGAAAGGAAAUGAAACCAAAUGGAAAUCUGGAUCUACUGGAAAGAAUGAAAAGCACUGGCAAUGGUAACUACGUAGGAUCUUCAUUACUGAAAAAAGCAUCAUCAAGAACAAGGAGGGCAUGGAGACCAAGUUGUUAACGGCCCGGUCCCAUGCACUGGUGACCUUCAAGGAUGUACUUGUGAACUUCACCAGGGAGGAGUGGAAGCUGCUGGAUACUGCUCAGCAGAUCAUGUACAAAGAUGUGAUGCUGGAGAACUAUAAGAACCUGGUUUCCUUGGGGCAUCAGCUUCCCAAACCAGAUGUGAUCCUCCAGUUGGAGAAAGGGGAAGAGCCGUGGCUGGUGGAGAGAGGGACUCACCGGGAGACCCACCCAGAUUUGGACACUGCGGUUGAAAUUAAAUCAUCGGUGUCCAGUAAGAGCAUUUCUAAAGAUAAACGAUCCUAUGGCAUUAAAAUGGAAGGAAUCCCAAAGAACGAUCUCUGGUAUUUGUCAUUAGAAGAAGUCUGGAAGUGUGAAGACCAGUUGGACAAGUAUCAGGAAAAUCAGGAGAGACAUUUGAGGCAAGUGGCAUUCACCCAAAAGAAAGCACUUGCUCAGGAGAGAGUCUGUGAAAACGGUAAAUAUGGGGGAAAUUGUCUUCUUCCUGCUCAACUAGUGCUGAGGGAGUAUUUCCACAAACAUGACUCACAUACUAAAAGUUUAAAACAUAAUUUAGUUUUUAGUGGUCAUCAGGAAAGCUAUGCAAGUAAUAGUAGUGAAUGUGGUCAAACCUUCUGUCAAAACAUUCAUCUUAUUCAGUUUGCAAGAACUCAACCAGGAGAUAAGUCUUACAAAUGCCCCGAUACUGUCAACUCUCUUACCGGUGGUACAUCCCUUGGUGUAUCGAAGGGCAUACAUAGGGAGAAACCGUAUGAAUGUAAGGAGUGUGGAAAAUUCUUUAGCUGGCGUUCUAAUCUUACUAGGCACCGGCUUAUUCAUACUGGAGAAAAACCCUAUGAAUGUAAAGAGUGUGGAAAGUCUUUCAGCCGGAGUUCUCACCUCAUUGGACAUCAGAAGACUCACACUGGUGAGGAACCCUAUGAAUGUAAAGAGUGUGGAAAGUCCUUCAGCUGGUUCUCUCACCUUGUGACCCACCAGAGAACUCACACAGGAGACAAACUGUACACGUGCAGCCAGUGUGGGAAGUCAUUUGUUCACAGCUCCAGGCUCAUUAGGCACCAGAGAACUCAUACUGGAGAGAAACCUUAUGAAUGUCCUGAGUGUGGGAAGUCUUUCAGACAGAGCACACAUCUCAUUCUGCAUCAGAGAACUCAUGUCAGAGUGAGGCCCUACGAAUGUAACGAGUGUGGGAAGUCAUAUAGCCAGAGGUCUCACCUUGUGGUGCACCACAGGACUCACACGGGACUGAAGCCCUUUGAGUGUAAAGACUGUGGAAAAUGCUUCAGUAGAAGCUCUCACCUUUUCUCCCAUCAGAGGACCCACACUGGAGAGAAACCAUAUGAAUGCCACGACUGUGGGAAGUCCUUCAGCCAGAGUUCUGCCCUCAUCGUGCAUCAGAGAAUUCAUACCGGAGAGAAGCCAUAUGAAUGCUGCCAGUGUGGGAAAGCCUUCAUUCGGAAGAACGACCUUAUUAAGCAUCAGAGGGUUCAUGUUGGGGAAGAGACCUAUAAAUGUAAUCAGUGUGGGAUUAUCUUCAGCCAGAACUCUCCGUUGAUAGUACAUCAAAUAGCCCACACUGGAGAGCAGUUCUUAACUUGUAACCAGUGUGGGACAGCGCUUGUUAAUAGCCCUAACCUUAUUCGAUAUCAGACAAAUCAUAUUAGAGAGAAUACUUAUUAAUAUUACGAAUGUGGAAAGUUCUUUACAAAGAGCAAUAACUUGGUUUUACAUUAGAAACUCCUCCUGGAGGGAAGCAGUGUAGAUGUAAUCUGUGCAGAAAUGCUUUCAAUCUUGUCACUACCCUUUUGUGCACUAGAGAAUUGGUCCUAGAAGGAGAAAUAAGCUACAGAUUUCAUUGUAGUACAAAAACACAUCAGCUUUUCUUUCCACAAGUUCCUAUAAAAGCAGUUGUCCUUGGAGCAUUCUUGACCGAGCCUUAAAAUGCUAGAAUCUGAGAAGGAACCAUUAAGUAGGUGGGAGAUUAUCCAGCUUCAUUGCCUUCUUCAAGAAGAUGUCAGUCAGAAUGAUAACUUCAGAAAGAUAAGUCAAUGAGAGUUCCUCUUGCAAAGAAUAAAAAAUUGAUAGUUAUUG